CCGUCGUCCUCACUCCCCCAGAAGCCACAGCUUCGCUCGCGUUCCCACUUCCCACCCCGUCAGAUCUCGCGCCCCCGCCCGCCGCGAUGGGCUCCGCCAACUCCUCCCACUCCUCCGUAUCCAGCGCCGGCGGCGAGGAAGACGACGACGACGAGCCCUCCGUCGCGGCCGCCCCCUCGUCCGCGGGCCCGCCGCCGCCCCCGCCGCGGCCCGCGCUCGCGCCGGCGCCGGUGCGCGUGCCCCCGGCGGCGUCUGCGUCCAAGGUGCUGGAACAGGAGCCCGAGGUGCUGCCGUGCCUCGCCGCGGACUCUCCGCUCUCGCCGCAGCCCUCGGCGGCGGGCACCCCGCGCCUGCUCGCGGGCCCAGGCAUCAAGGUCUGGGACCCCUGCCACGUCCUCCUCCCGCCGCCGCCGCCGCCGGCGGCGUCGGCGCACCCGGGGAGGCACGCCGACGCCGCGGCGGUGGAGGUCGUUGUGGUCAGCCACGGGGAGUGCGCCGCCGCGAUGCGCCCGGACCUCAUCGGCGGCCGGUGGCCCGCCGCGGCGCUCACGGCGCGCGGGGAGCGCCAGGCGCGCGCGCUCGCCGUGUUCCUGCGCUCCCGCGGCGCGAGGCUUGCCGCGGCGUUCGCGUCCCCGCUCGACCGCACGCGCGCCACCGCUGCCCUCAUCUGCCGGGAACUUGAUUUUCCAGAGGAGCAGAUCCAACUAUCAGAUGCUCUGACUGAGAUGAGCCAUGGUCAGUGGGAGGGCUGCUCGAAAUCAGAAAUUUAUACUCCAGAAAUGCUUAAUCUGAUGGACAGCACGCAGCCUGAUUUCUCAGCACCAUCGGGGGAGUCCCUCAGGCAGGUACAAUUUCGGAUGAUGGAAUUCCUGAACCGGACCAUCCUAAGGCUACCAGAAAAGGUAGCAAUGGGGGACACACUAUCGCAGCAAAAUGAGGCAAAGUGGUUCUCUCGGCAGAGCUCCAGCAAUUCUGUCCAAGAUGGUCCUCCUUGGGAUCUACUUUACAGGCUCAACCCGCAUAGCCUCCAAAGAAAGAAAUCUGGGAAGAGCCGGCUCCAAUUUGUCACUUCAGGGGACAAUGACCCCGAGGAUGACUUCUCUCCUAAAGAUAUAAACCAGAGGCACAUCCUUCACAAAGGAAGUUUAGGGAGCUCUGUAACGACCUCCAUUGCGAUUUUCAGCCAUGCGACCCCCAUUCGUUGUCUGAUUGCAGGCCUGCUGGAUUGCAAUCCUAUGAUGUCACAGAGAAUAUGUAUAGACGACUCCUCAGUUACGGUUCUUCAGCAUUCGUCGAGAACGGGGUGGCAAAUAAAAAGGUUGAAUGAUACCGCUCAUCUCAGGCUUCUCUAGAUGCAAGAUGCCACGCUGUUCAGGAAGAACGUAGCUGAUGCGUGCAUCAGUGCAAGAAUUUAUCAGAACAUUCUGCAAAUCAUGUGCUAUGCCACCAUCAGAAGUCCAUUCCCAUCACUGUAUUUCAUUUGUAUCUAUUCCCAUAUCUUGACGCCAGGAAGAAGUGUUGGCCUGUAAUGGUGUUGUGCUGUAUUUGUUGUUAUUCUUUUCUUUUUCUAAAUUAUUUAUCAAGUGUAAUUUCCUGCUGAAUCUAUCCCCAUUUUUUGGUGGGUAGUUGGUGGGGAGCAUAUUUCAAUGCAUCAUUCUUUUUGCCAUAUGUUUUGCGAGUUUCAGAUAUUGUGUAUCCUUGAGGCGUGGUUGGUAUGCAAAAUGCAGUACUUCAAAUUUAUUUUA